UGAAGAUCUAUACUCUGUAGAUUUUUCCGUACUCUAGACUACUCAAUUAAAGUUUGAUCAUUCAAUAUAUCAUCAGUAUAUCCAUGGUAUAUUAAAGAUUGUGCAGCGAGGUGUAGCAAAAAGCGGCCACUUCGACCAGAUGUCCUCCCUCUCCCCCCUAGACGGUUGCUCGUGAGACUAGCUUCUAACCAUGUUCUCAUGGAUUUUGAUUCGUGGAUAAGCUUUUUUCUCGAGUUAUGGCUAGUUUGACUCACAGUGAAGGCUGUUGCAAAUCUCUUCAGAAUCUUUCAUGGCAUCAUCUGUUUGCACAAACUUUCUAUUCGUUAGCCUUGCACUAAAGCGCUAGCUGUUUGUUAGCUACUAGAGUCAGAAAAGAGCUGCAACGCUGCAUGCCUAUCUGACCUCAUUGCAGAUCCACCCCCUUUUUUAACUAGGGAUACACUGGAGUGCAACCUCGCUACGCAUAUUCAUCACUCUGAUUUAUCACAUUCAAUAAUGUUGGGUUGUGUCAGAAGUAGCUGGGCGGAGCUAGAAUGAUUGUAGGUGAUGAUUGAAAUAUCACAAAUCGGCAUUUAAGAAUCAUUGUGUAGCUUUAUGAGUAGAACGCUUGAAAAAGGGCCUUCUGAGCUGUAGAAUGGAGCUCAAGUGUCCUCAGUACAAUCACUAACACAUCCUAGCUCCAACUUUGAGGUCUGCAUCAACCAGAGCCACUAGUUCGAUUGAGCAAUGUCCGCCGUCCUUUUUUUUCUCCGCCAAAAUCUCAACGUGACCUGAUCGCUGUGCACAACUUUUGCUCUACAUACUUCUAUAAAUUAAUCUUUUAUCAAGCCAUCAGAUAGGCUUCUGUUUUUCUUAUAAAUGACUGUGUGGAAUACUUCAUUGUCAAAAAUUGCGAUCAACAGUAACAGGAGCAUAUGAGCUAUGCACAGUAUUGCCAAGGGCAUAUAAAAGAAGAGAAGGUAUGCAAAAGCAAAAGAGCAGAAUUCAAAUGCAGGUGGAUGAAUGUAGCACUUCAUGCAAAUUUACAUAUUAUUCUUCCGCCCACAUUUGAAUUAUGCUAGCUACGUGUACUAGAUAGUGAGUUUAAUUUUCUUUUAUAUGCUCUUAGAAUGCAGAUUCACUAUCGUCUAACCACAUUUCUGUAGUGUGCUAAGUGCUCUGUACAUAUGCGGCUGAUACCGUAUAAUUUAAGGUAUGAAAAAGAUCAACUUCAGUGGUGGGGAACCGUUUCUCAAAGACAACGGGCAGUAUGUUGGUGAGCUGGUGCGCUACAGUAAGAUGAACCUAGGACUACCCAGUGUAACCAUUGUUAGCAACGGAAGCCUGAUCACAGAAGACUGGUUCAUAGAGUAUGGUGAAUACCUCGAUAUUUUGGCCAUAUCUUGUGAUAGUUUUGAUGAAGAAACCAACAGAGUUAUUGGCAGACAUCAGCCGAAAUGUCAUCAUCUGGCAUCACUGGCUCUUGUCAGGGAUUGGUGUAAAAUAUACCGUGUGGCUUUCAAGAUAAACACUGUGGUGAACACGCACAAUUGGGAGGAAGACAUGAGCCAGGAGAUACUAGAUCUCAACCCAGUACGCUGGAAGGUAUUUCAGUGCCUAUUGAUUGGUGGGGAGAAUACAGGGCCUGAUGCCAUUAGACACGCUGAGUCCUUCGUCAUUAGUGAAAAGAAGUUUGAAAGCUUCCUUGGGAGACACAGAAGUGUGCGACAAUUGGUGCCAGAGUCCAACUCAACAAUGAAAGACUCGUACCUCAUUCUCGAUGAAUAUAUGAGAUUUCUGGAUUGCACUCAAGGAAGGAAAGAUCCAUCUAAGUCUAUACUGGAUGUGGGGGUGGAGGAAGCCAUCAAGUUUAGUGGUUUUGAUGAAGCUAUGUUCAAGAAACGAGGGGGUCGCUAUGUUUGGAGUAAAGCCGAUAUGAAACUACAAUGGUGACUAUAAUAAUUAUUAAUAAUUAUAACAUUGUAUAUAAUAGCGUAGGUAUAAUUAAAUGACUGUAUAUAUAUAUUUGUACUAUGGUUGCACCAAAGAUCAAAGGCUUCAGUUGUAGUUUAUACUACUUAUACAACCUGUCUGACCACAGCCAUGGUAUAUGGCAGUUAUACCCUAGUGUAUAACUGCCAUAUACCAUGGCUGUGGUCAAACCAUAGAUUGAAGAGAACUGAAUACAGUAUCCCACCUUUGCAACAAAAUUGACACACUGUUUCAAUUAAAACAAUGACACACUACUCAAUUCAAUCAAUAUUAGCAAUAUUAGAGUUCAAUACAAAACAGACUACUAUACUAAUGAUUUUAGUCAACAUAAAAAGAGCCAAGUUCGAGCGAUGAAUAGUUCCAAAAAGGAGGCAAAUUUGGAAGAACUCCGUGAUCGUGAAUCGAACGAUACUGGUUGUUUGUGUUGCUUUUUUUCAACUUUCAACAUUGGUUGUCACAACCUGCUUAUUACAUUGCUGCAUGGGACCAGGAGCAGUAAGAAGGGUCCAGACUGCCAAGUGUUUCUCAGACUAAAGAGACUGCACUGCACUGGGCCAGUACAGUAGGCUUGUGGAAUGAUAUUUUGGGGUACAUUUGCACUCUUUGUAGACAAGUAGCACCAGUGUACUUUCUUGAAGUGCCUUCUAUAAAGAUGCAGAAACACAGCCUUCACAAUUGCUUGCUUGAAUCAUAGACGCUUGCUUGAAUCAGCCAUCGCUUUUUAAAAAAAUAGCAAAUUCAUUGCAUAGCUAUAGCAACAGUGACGUCAAACAGUAGUUAUAAGCAUAUUCAUUGAAGAAGCAUGACAGGAAGUAGCUAAACAUAGUAGUACAGUUCUAAACAUAGUACAAGCCAGUUAACCUAUGGCCUCUCGUGGUAUAUUUGCUUUACACGCUCGAGUAAUCAGAUAAACCAACUCGGCUGCGCCUCGUGGUUUAUCAGAUUACUCUCGCGUGUAAAUCAAAUAUACCACUCGAGGCCAUUGUUUAACUAUAACAUAACUUUCUGUAUCUACAAUUAAUUUUAUGUUGUAUAAUAUACACUACACAUGGCAUAAUCAUAAUACAAAACUUGUCGUAUAAAGUGAGUCAACAUUAAUUUUAAUGUACAAUCAUAAUAAUUAUUGACGGUUCUAAUUGUUAAAAUCCAAUCCCCCUGUCACUAGUGUAGAUCUUACUGCU